AUGCAACCUCACACCUCAGAGGUGGCGCGUCUCUACCAGACUGAAUUCGUGCGGAGCGCCCGGGCGGUCGGCGUGCUCUGGGCCAUCUGUACGCUCUGUUUCGCCGUCAUCGAAGUGGUCAUCCUUGUCCAGCCUUCCUGGGUGGGGACGCGUGAGUUACACUACCGGGGCGGCGGGCCCCCUCCGCAGGCCGGGACCCUGGGCCUGUUCGAGGUGUGCGUGGAGUCCGACUGGCCCGUGCCGGAGUGCCGUGGCUCCCUCCACACGCUCACCCCGCUGCCGGCGUUCCAGUCCCCCGCCGUGCUGGUGUGCAUGUCACUGACCAUGGUGUGGGCCAGCGUGGGCUGCCUGUCUCUCUUCAGGUUCUGCAACGCUGCCACGGUCUACAAAAUCUGUGCGUGGCUGCAGCUGACUGCAGGUUUCUGUUUAGCCCUUGCUUGCGUGCUGUUCCCAGACUCCUGGGAGUGUGCGGAGAUGCGGGCACUGUGCGGGGAGGGCGUGAGUAGUUUCUCCCCGGGGAACUGCUCCAUACACUGGGCCUUUGUGUUGGCCAUCCUCGGGGUGCUGGAUGCUGGCAUACUGGCCACUCUGGCGUUUGUGCUGGGUAACCGCCAGGAUGCACUGUUACCCGACGACGCCAAGGAUGGUGAGGUUACUGGGCUGUUACUUUCAGCAUAG